AUGCAGCGGCUCAUUGACGCGUGCGGCGACUUCGCCCACGACCCCUCCGUCGACGCUGUCAUCGCGACCGGGUUCGCGACCCCGACGAAUAACGCGAAGCCCCUCCCGAAUGGGCUGCCGUACCCGGAGGAGUGGACGCCGCCGAUGGUGUCGCCAGCUCUGGCGCGGUUCAAGAUCUCGUGGGAGAACUUCGUGGACACACUCAUGCGCGAGUGGAAGACGUUCAACCUCGUCUCCGCCUUGUUAUGCACGACCAUCCUAACGAUCUUCCAGAUCCCAGAGGCGGCGGGAGAUCCGCUCACGCGCUGGUCCGCGCUGCUUUCGCUCGUCUGCGCGCUCAUCUCGCUCUCGUUUGGGUGCGUGUACAUCGUGCACUUCGGGACGAUGCGCUCCAUGGACCGCGCAAGCCGCUGGGCGGAGGAGGCGCGCAAAACCCGCGCAGCGCUCCUCUGGAACAUUUGGGUACUCCUCGCUACCCCCGCCGUUUGGCUCGCGUGGUCGAUGAUCGCGUUCUGCGUCGCCAUCCUGUCGUUCGUCUGGCGCACUGGCUCCGCUGCGGACCCCCAAGGGGGAUACGCACCGCUGAGUCGGACGCAGGCGCUGGGGGUGCGGGUCGCGAUCUCGGCUGUGUUCGUGUUCGGGCUGGUGAAUUUCUGGAUGAUCAUCACGACCUUCUCUUCGUACUCCCACAUCUCUGUGCGGAGGGACAGGAGGAGCCGCUUUGGACGUGGAGCAGGAGCGGCAGUGGCGGCGGCGGGGGGCGAGGAGCGCGAACGGGGACGGGCGCAGAAGCACAAGCCCAAGACACAGCCCGAUGAGGAGAAGGAGAGGGAGAAAGAGAAGGACAGGAACCGUGUGUCGGACUCGAUGGUCGGGCUUGGGUUGACGGGGCUUGGCCAGGGGUCUCCCGCGAGCGCAGCUGGUGUCAUCCUCGAGAACGUCGACCUGGAGAAGGGCGAGGCGAUGUACCUUUCGGGUGAGAGGAUGGGAGCGCUUGGAAAGAUGUCUCCCAGGGUGUCGCCAAAGUUGUAGUAGGGUUUGGGGUUGAUUGUGUUUCGGGGAGGAGGAUGGGAGGGCGCGGUGAGGCAUCGUGUCUCAUGGCCUCCCUGUCGACCCUCCUCGAGUUGUUCCUUGUAUCGCACACAAGCUUUUAGAGG